CCUGUUGGGAAAUGUUUCGGGCCCUGGGGAAGUUUUGGGGGGUUGGAAGUGGGGUAUGAAUACAUUCUAGCAUUUAACCCAGUGCUUCUUAGUUCUGGCUGGGUAUCAGAAUGGCUGGCAACUCUGCUGAGGUAUACCAGAGGCAUCCUGGAAUUCCUGGGUGGAGCUUGGGCAUUUGUCUUUUUCAGAAGUUAUACUCAUGGAUUGCCAAAGUGGAUAGCCAUUGAUUUAAUUCUUGGUCUGAAAUGCGAAGUUCCUAUACUUUUGGUUACUAUUUUCAGGUGUAAUAGGGUUAGUUUUUAAAAAAUUCUUUGGUUCUGUGCUCCUGUUUCUAGCCUGGGUUCAGCUCACUUCUCCUCUCCUUGACUACUGUAGGCCUUUCCUCAUCCUCUAUAGCCUGUCCUUCCCAUUUCGCUGCUCAGCACAGGAUAAAGAGGGCUUUCAUGGUUCUCUCAUUUAUGACACAAUUUCUUUUUAAAUUAUGUUUUAUGGAUUAUGCUAUUAUCCUGAUUUUUCCCCCUUUGCACCCCCCCACCCAGUACCUCCUGCUCCCUCAAGCAGUCCCCCCACCAUUGUUCAUAUCCAUGGGUCAUACAUUUAAGUUCUUUGGCUACUGCAUUUCCUAUACUGUACUUUACAUCCCCAUGGCUGUUCUUUAACUACCUAUUUGUGCUUCUUAAUUCUGUCACCUCUUCACCCAUUCCCCCACAUUCCCCUUCCAUCUGGCAACAUCAAAAUGCUCUCCAUAUCCUUGAUUCUGUCUCUGUUCUUGUUUGCUUAGUGUGUGUUUUAGAUUCAAAAUUGUUAAUAGAUAUGUAUUUUUUGCCAUUUUAUUUUUCAUAGUUUUUAUUAUUAUUAUUUUAUUGUUGUUCAGUUACAGUUGUCUGCAUUUACCCUUCACCAUAUUGUUCAUAGUUUCGAUCCUUUUCUUCAAUAAGUCCCUUUAACGUUUCAUAUAAUAGUGGUUUCGUGAUAAUGAACUCUUCUAGUUUUUUCUUAUCUGGGAAGCUCUUUAUCUGUCCUUCCAUUCCAAUGAUAGCUUUGCUGGGUAGAGCAAUCUUGUUUGUAGGUCCCUGCUUUUCAUGACUGAAUAUUUCUUGCCAGUCUCUCCUAGACUGCAAAGUUUGUUUUGAUAAAUAAACUGACAGGCUUAUGGAAAUUCCCCUGUAGGUAGCUAACUGCUUUUCUCUUGCUGCUUUUAAGAUUCUCUCUUUAUCUUUAGCCUUUGACAUUUUAAUUAUGAUAUGUCUUGGAGAGGGCCUCUUUGUGUCCAUCUUGUUUUGGACUCCCUGUGCUACCUGGACUUGCAUGUCCAUUUCCUGCCCAAAUUAAGGGAGUUUUCUUCAAUUAUUUUUUUCAAAUAGAUUUCUUGCUCUCUUUCUCCUUCUUGGCACCUAUAUGAUGUGAAUGUUGGACCUCUUGAAGUUGUCCCAGAGGCUGCUUAUAGUAUCCUCAAUUUUUUGUAUUCUUUUUUCUUCUGAUUGGUUAUUUUUUUCUUCCUUAUGUUCCAAAUCAUUGCUUUGAUUCUUGGCUUCAUCCACUCUACUGUUGUUUCCCUGUAAGUUGUUCUUUAUUUCAAUUAGUGUAUCCUUUGUUUCUGACUGGAUCUCUUUUAUGCUGUUGAGGUUCUCACUAAGUUCCUUGAGCAUCCUUAUAAACAGUGUUUUGAACUCUGUAUCUAACAGAUUGCUUAUCUCCAUUUUGUCUAGCUCUUUUUCUAGAGUUUUGAUCUGUUCUUUCAUUUGGGUCAUGUUUUUUCUGUCCCCUCAUUUGGGCAGCCUCCUUGUGUUUGUUUCUAUGUAUUAGGUACAGAUGCUCUGAUUCUGUGCCUUUUUAAAAAGAUUUUAUUCAGUUAAUUUUAGAGAGAGGGAGGAAGGGAGGAAGAGAAACAUCAGUGUGUGAGAGAUAUGUUGAAUAGUUGCCUCUCACAUGCCCUCAACUGGGGGCCUGGUCUGCAACCCAGGCAUGUGCUGUGACUGGGAAUUGAACCAGUGAUGUUUCAUUUCUCAGGCUGGCACUCAAUCUAAUGAGUCACACCAGCAGGGGCUGACUCUAUGUCUUGGUAGGGUGGCCUAAUGUAGUAGGUGUCCUGUAGUGUCCAGUAGCACAACCUCCCCUAGCACCCGAGCUGGGUACUUGAGGUGUGCCCUUCAUGUUAGCUGAGUACACCUCCUCUUGUAGUUGAAUGUUGGUUGCUGUUGGGAGAUCAAUGGGAGGGAUUUACCCAGGCCAGUCAGCUGCAAGGAUUAGCUGUGACCACUGACCACCAUGGAGGUGCCCUCCAUGGAGGAUGAGCUGUGCAGCGGCAGGGUGGUGGUACCACAAUGUGGUCUGUAGCUGACCACUGUGUGUACUGGCCCUGGGGUUUCCUGGGUGGGGCAGGCCAAGGUCAGCCCCCACCUAUAUUUUGCCCAGAGCUACCCUGCCUGAGCUGUAAAGCAAUCUGAGAUGGCUGCUACUUGUGCUGGGCUUGGAGAUUUCCAGGCAGAGACAAGCUGUGACUAUCCUGGCUGCUACUAGUGCCAGGCCUGGGGGCUCACUGAGGCCUGCUGUUGCUUAUUUGAUAGGAAUAAGGAAUUUGUGAAGCAUGAGCCAAAAUCAGCCAUUCAUAUGGAAAAGCAGCUUGGGUAGGCCCAUAAAUUGGAUAGGGUAGAGUCUCUGGUGAUCUCCAAAGUUGGGCCAAACAGUGUUAGCCAGGUUGAUGGAAUUCCAGAUAUGGCACCAGCUUACUGGCUCUGGCUCUGUGUGGGGAGGGCUUAUAAAAGUGGCAAUGGCCUCUGUUCACCUUGAUGCCAGAUACUUCGGUUUCUCUGUGGUGCCUCUCAAGCUGCUGUCCUGGUGCUAGAGCUCAGAAGGAAUGAGUCUGAGUAGAUGAGUCUGUAUUUUGGUUCUUUAAAAGGAUCUGUUUGGGUUUCUUCCACAACUGAGUCCCUGCUGUUUUUUUGCAGCCAGAUGUUGUGGGGACUCAUCUUCCUGGCACUGGAAACCUGGGCUAUGGGGCCUGGUGUGAGGCUGGGAUUCCUCAUUCCUGACAUACCCCUCCUGAAUUUUUAUCUAUCACAUGUGGGUGAGGGAUGAGCCUGUUCCGUAUCACGCUUCUCCUACCAGUCUGGUGGAUGUGAUUUCUUUAAUUCCUUCACUGUCAAACUUCCAUUCAACUUGAUUUCUGACAGUUCUGAGUGAUGGUUGUUCUACAUUUUAGUGGUAACUUUGAUGUGGUUAUGAAGAGGCAAGCUACAUCUGCCUACACCACCAUCUUGACCGGAAGUCCCAAGUUCUGAUAGUGAUUUCUGAUAUAAUUCCAAGUAGAGCUACAUUUUUUAAAGAUUCGUCUACCUCUCUAAACAUUAGCACCUUCUCCUAAAACACCCAUUAUUAACUCUUUCUCUUUACCAACUGGUCUUGGGUCUUUGCUUAGAGGCCUGGGGCCUCUUUUUGUUCUUCAGCCACAGCUAAGUCAUUAAAUAUUUCCUUCUUACCUUUUAGCUCUAAAUAAGGAAUAUGUCAGUUAUUCACAAUAUGUGUAUUGAAGGCAAUAUUCUGUCUAAGACACACAAGAGAGGGGACACAUAAUGACAUGAGGAAGUGGUUUCAUUUCUGGGCUAUUAAGUAACAUGCUGUCCUUGGCUGAGUGGCCUUUUUCCACUUCCUCAAAUAUUGUAUGCAUUGGAUGAGGACCUUCAGGAUAUAGAAUUAGCUGGGUGGAUGGCAGUUUCAUAUCUGUCGUUCUGGCUAGAAGAGAAUAAGGGAUAACAGCUGGAGGGUGGGCUGAGAGCUUAUUCACACCCUCCUGCAGAGGGCAUUUUGAUCAUAGAAGUGUGGGCACACCCAGAGUUUGACUUGCCCACAUUUAAAUUUGAUUCAAGGCUUGGCUCCCAUUCUGUGUUCAGCAGUUGUAACUGAGGAGGAAGAAAAGGAAGCCCACUUUUCUUCCCCUAUCCUUCCUCCCGAUGAACCUUCCUCUUGUACACAGGUUGAGAGUGGAAGCCCACAGCUGUCAAAUACUAAUUUUGCCUAAAACCAAAACAACGCUGCUGGUGCCAUGAAAAAGAUCUGUAUGCCCUUCUCCUAGGGAUGAUUAUCGGUUACAUUCAGGAACAUAGAAGCUUAUGGAAUGGGCUUCAUGGUCAAACAGGCCUGGUUCAAAUCCUGGCUCUGUUCUCUUGUUCAGUAUUGCAAUAUUUACUUCAAUUCUUUGAGGCUUUUCCCCCUACAUAUGAAGUAGAUACUCAUAGGAAUUUUUGGGAGGACCAAAUUAGGUCAUUUAGGGACUAGUGCCUGGCCUAAGCCCUCCAUCCCCUUUCAAUGUAUUUUCCUCAGUUGGAUUUGGUGAUUCAGUCCACAUCUCAUUAAAUUUUUAUUCUAUGUGCAGGAAACCUUUUAGCCCCAAACACCCGAGUCCCUUUUACCCUCCAAAGAGUGUUGGGAAGCUGAGCUUAGGGGAGAGCUUUGCAUAACUCUGAGGGAUGACAUUCUGAAGGACAGAAAAGCUGCUGGAGAUGGAGAAAGCUAAAGCGCCUUGGAGUACAUCCUUUAGCAAGCAGCUUCAUUACAUGAAUUUGCCAUAUUUUAAGUCCUCAGAACACCAGAUGCCCUCAUAUUCACAGGUGUCCAGAAGCAUUCAGACUUGUGCCAAUGGAAAGCAGCCUUAGGGUGGAGGCAGUGGGGCCACCUAUGAAUAAUGAAGAAUCUAGUAGCAUCAGAGUUUGGCUAUUGGAAUUGAAAACAGUUCAGUCUCUCUACUGAGGACCUAUAAAAGAUGUGUCUUCUUUAAAAGGCUGCAGCUUUCCACCAGCCCUUCAGUCUUUUGUUCCUCACUGCCACCUGACUCUUUUUCUCCUUUUGCCUGGUCAGUAUGCUUACAUGUCUACAUUGGCAUUUUUAAAAAAUAAAACACACUGUGUUUUGCAGGGGUCAUACUGCCACUGAAUUAGCUCAGUUAUAUAGAGCCAAAGAAUGUUAGGUUGCAAGUUUUAGCCCAGCACAGACCAGUUAUCUGCUUACUAAGGAGAAACAAAAUUUCCCAGGACUUCUGUCUGUCCUGACCAGUUUGGUUUGCAAAUGUGGUCUGGUCUUCCUCAAGGGAGAUCAAGCAAUCCAUUACCACUUCUGUAAACUCAGCUGUCAAAACAUCUUUUUUUUUUUUUUUAUAAAAAAAAAAAUAAAGGUACUCAGAGCUUUCUCGGAAAGCUAAGACCUUUGUGGUGAGAGCAAUAGUGAUUUGCCUGUCCCAGAACUUUCAAAGCACCUGCCUGAACUCCACAUUGUGUGUUCGUGGCCUUCAGAGUUCAGGUACCAUCUUGUUUAGCCAUCCACACCUUCCUUUUUUUUUUCAUGAGAGGAAUCUUCUGCUACAUACACCUUUGUCUUUCCUACUUCUGAGCCUUUGCUCUUGGUGUUCCUCUUCCUGUAAUCCCCUUUCCCUUCUUGCCUGCCCAAAUCAAUAUUCCUUCACAGUGCUGCUUACAUCCUGCCUUAGUAAUCUUCCAUUUCUCGUGUCUUCCUAGAUGUCUAUAUACUUAUCAGAUUUUAUAUUCUGAUGUUCUCUAGUUAUUUUAUCAGUGUGAGGUUUUAAUUUCUUCCAGAGCUCCUAAGCUCUUAGAGAUCCUUCUUUAGGUCUUCUCUGUGAGCUUUGCAGCAUCUCACCGCAUGUGGGAAAAAAUCUAUUGUUGAAUAAAGUUCCUGGGAAGUGGAGUGGAACAACAUGUGCUGCUUGGACCCAGUCCCAGUUUGACUCCUGUGUGUAAGGUCAGGCUAAUGGAGGUCCUGCCCUUUUUCUGGUUGUAAAACUGACAUUCAUUCACUGUUCUUAAAGAGCUAUAGUCUAGUUGGGGAGGUAGGAAGUGUAAACAAAAAUGACUACUCUCUAGCACUUGUUAACAUGGAAACCUAAGAAAUACAAACUAUACUUUUGUUCCCAUCCCUCAGUAAAUGGGAUUGUUCUCAUCAUGCUGUAUUAAGAGUGUAUACAUUUGUCUCUCUAUCUAGAAUGUGAGCUCUCAAAGGGUGAAUUGUGUCUCAUUCAUUUCUGAGUCUCCAGUUUCUUGCUUAGUAUCUGGCACAUAUGGGGCAUUAAAUAGAUAUUUGAGUUUGUUGAACGUGGGAAUUGAUGUGCAAAUGAGGGAAUGUACCCAGUGUCACAGGAGCAAAGAGAGAAGAGGUAUGUAGAAUAUAAGAAGUUGGUGAUGUUGUAGGAGAUUUCUGAAGAAUAGGAGCUUGCUGAGCAAAAAAGAGAGGAAGGGCGUUCCUGAAAAAGGGAACUGCAAAGGCAGACAACUGUGGCAUCCACCAACGCGAGCAACAAAUGGUCGGAAGCUUUCAGGAGUUUGAGAUGGAACUUUAUUGGCCAAAGCUUUACCUGCGCAGGGGCGAACUCUCGAGGUGUCCGGAGACACAGUGCCCAGAGGGUGGCAAAUGAGAGUCGCGCCUGGCGCUUACAGCCUAGGGUUUUUAUUGGGGUAAGCAAGCAAGCAAGCCAGCAAGCAAAUACAGAAGCAGACGUAGCUGUUAGCAAUUGGCUAUCUCGAGAGAACACACAUGGCUAUGCUCUCUGCUUGCAACAAUGGAUACUUUUCUGCAAAGACAAGGUCAUGCAAAGACAAGGUCAUGCACAGGCCAUUUAUCUUGUUCAGCACUCUUUGUACUUUCUGUACUUUCUAUCUUCCUAGCUGAGUCGGUCUGGAGCCUGCCUUGAGUUCCUCUUGGCUACUUUUAUCUAAUUCCGGGCCUAACACAACAAGGUGUGAAGUCCUGUGUGGGGUAAGAGAAACCUCACCUGCUAUGGAAUGGCUGGAGAUAGGAAUGGGACAGAGAAGAAAGGGGAGUGAAAAUGGAUCCCUAUCUGGUUACUCCUGAGCAGGCUGCCAGGUAUUCUGCAAAUGACCUGAGGCCAGCACUUAAUCCUAAACUUGCUCCUGCCUACUAGUCCCUUUUCACUAACAUCCCCUCUCCCAAACCUGGCCCCUUGUUCAUGGGAUGCAAACCUUUUAAUAUUAGUUGAAGGCAAUACUUCCCAAACUUUAAUUUCUCAAGAAUCACUGGAGAUCUUGUUGAAAAUGAAGAUUCUGAUUUCUUGGGUCUGAAGUGGGACCUGUGACUGUGUUUCUGAGAAACUUCCAGGUGAUGUUGAUGAUACUGAUCUGAAGACCACACUUUGAGAAGUGAGGCUUUAGGCAAAUAUGACCAGGGAGUUUUUCUGUGGCUCCAACCAGGCCAAAGGCCAAGGAAACUAUCUUCCUUUGGAUUAUUUGUUCUCCUAGCAGGACAGGUAACCAUUACCUAGUAAAAUGUGCAGGGAUGAAUGGUACUUGGUAGAAAUGCCAAAAAUAGGGCUUCACUCUCCAAAUAGCCUAUUUUUGACAUUGGUGUUUUCAUUCUGCAAAAUAAAUCUUUGGACUUCUGCUUCCCAGGUUUUUAUUAGCUCCCAGGGAAGACUUACUUUUUUGGAUGAAAUGGGCAUCUGCAGGCCCAAGUGAGCCAUGGGGAGGUCCUGGGGAAACUCUCCUCUUGCUUCACACUGUGAGGGUGCCUCACCCCUGAUUUGGUAUCUUCUCAGCUUUCUGUGUAAGAGCUAUAUACCUGUUUCUCUUAGUCAAAUACUGAAUAGAAACAGAGAAACUUCUGGAUCUAUUUCUUAUCUCAGAUGUCCCCAGACAGAAAUUUCUGGACUCAGUGUGAGACCAAGUGGGCUAGAUAAGUGGCUUCCCUGGGUCUCACAGGCAUCCUCAGCGGCAUUAGGAAAAAGGAGCAGGCCGGCUACAUCAAACCAAAACUCUCUGGCUGACAUGUGCCUGCGGCAGCCUGGGUGGCUGUACCGCAGCCUGGGACCCAUCUUGAGAAUCUGGAGCAGGAGUUGAGGCCCUGAUUGUGUCUGUCUGCCCUCCUCCAGGCUCACUUGAGCACUGGCCACUGCUGACCAGUGGGCCUAAGGGCAGCAGGAAGGAGCCUGGCUGUGGCACUUGAGAAUACUUUUCUCUUUCCCUGAUUUUCAUUCCUGUGGACUAUGCAUCUUAUGGAUGAGCCAGCCACAGCCAGACUCUAGCGAAUUGACAGAGGUCUUUUGGGGAUAGAGUCUGGGCAAGAUCCAGGCAUGAUCUUGCCAGGCAAGAACCACCUCUGAUGUGGUGGGGAACCAUAGCCAUCCUCUUACCAAAAUCUGGCCCACUUCACUCCUCCCCAGCCUAGAACAGCUGCAGUGGCCUAGGCUGGGUUUCAUUACUUUCAUCAUGAUGUCUACUUGCUACUGUUCCCUCUUCAGAUUCACUCAUCCAUUCAAGGGUGUCCCUCUGCAGCUAGGCAUCACCUGUUUACUGAGUGUCUGCUCUGAUCUGAGCACUGAGCUGGCAUCCCAUUUUUUCCCUCCAUGUCCUGCCCUUGGCACCUUCUUUUAUAUCAGAGGCAGAGACCCCUUGCUUAUAUAUUCCAUUCUUCUCCUCCAUGUGUGAUAGGCCACAUGGAAUACUGGAAAUACCCAGUGUUUCACACAGACUCAGUUUGAAUGCUGUCUCUGAAUCUGCUCUUAACUAUAAUAUAUAUGUAAAAUUGGGUGGUUAAGCCCUGUCAGCCUGUUUAUUCAUUUGCAAUAAAAAGAAGAGGAAGAAGAAGGAGGAGAAGAAAGAAGAAGAGGAGGAGGAAGAAGAAAAAUUGUAGUAGUAGUAGUAGUAGUAGUAGUAGUAGUAAGGGCAGGGGGAGGAGGAGAAGAAAUCACCUAUCCUAGGAUUACAAGUUGAGGAAUCACUUGUGAGGUGUUUGUAGCAGAGUUAAUGCUCAAAAAUAUUAGUUGCAACCUCUUUGGUGCAUCAGUGGCCCAUUGAAAAUGCAUGUGAUUGCUGCAUGAAAACCUGUGUUCUACUUAAGUGCCUUCCAGGAAGAGUGGGGGUCACUUCUCUGCUUAGGGCUUCCUUGGCACUCAAUCUCAAAUUCUCCUAUUUGUGAUAUUAGCCUAUUUUUUCUUAAAAAUUUCAAACAUAACAGAAGAGAGAACUGAAAUGAACUCUUUGCACCCAUCACUAGUUUUAACAAUCAAUAACACCUACCUCCCCUAAUUUUAUUUUGUCCUAGAAUAUUUUAAAGCAAAUUCUAGUCAUCAUGUCAUUUCACCUAUAAAUACUCUGGUGUGUGUAAUAGAUAAAAAUAUUAAAGAACAUAGCCACAAUAUUUUUAUUACACCCAAAAAGAUUAAUAACUUUUCAUUAAUAUAACACCUAGUCCAUGUUUAUUUUUUCCAAUUGUCUCAAAAAUGUCUUUUUACUGUUGAUUUGAUUCCCAUUAGAUUCGAUUUUGAGAUCUCUUAGGUAUUUUUUUUUUACACUGGCUUGCUUUAACGUAUUAUGUUCUCAGUGAAAAUACUAGAAAAUUGAGGAAGUCCUUACUUCCUGAAAGUCUCCUGACUCUCUUUCCUGAACUCUUUCCAAAUAACAUAAAAACAAGCACCCCCUUUUGGGGUGUUUUUAAAUGACAAAAAGAGUCCCCUCACCCUUACAGCAGCUUCAAAAUCAAUUGGUUUCUUUAACAGCUUUCAAAAUCCAACAGUGAUUGAAGUUAAGAAGAAAGAGGGGGAGGGGCUGGAAUGGGAGUAAAAGACACAAUACUGUAGUUGAAAAAUAAUUAAAUAAAAAAAAGAAAAAAAGAUAGGAUUUGCUUUAGUUCUUGUUUUAGAGGGUAAAAAUUUCUGGGCAUCCUUCUUUUCAGAAACACUUUUUAUGCCCUCCCACCUGCUGUUUGAAAUCCAACAACCACAAAAUUUACUGUAUCUUUCCCCCACCCCCCUUUUUUUCUCUCUCUUCCUCACACACUCCCUCUUUCUUUUUAGCUGCAACAUACAGACCGGCCAUGUUAGAGAGAUGAAAAUAAAGCUUCCUUAAUGUUGUAUGUGUCUUUGAAGUACAUCCGUGCAUUUUUUUUUAGCACCUAACAAUUCCUCCCUUGUAUCCCUCAGCCCCUCAUUAUCACCCUCUCCCAUAUCUUGAUUAACAUCUCAGUCUCUGAAAAUGCACAAAGAUGCCCGGCUACCUCGCCCUGCUUUCAGCCUCACUGGGCUCAGUCUCUUUCUCUCUUUGGUGCCACCAGGGAGAAGCAUGGAAGUCACAGUACCUACCACCCUCAAUGUGCUCAAUGGCUCUGAUGCCCGCCUGGCCUGCACCUUCAACUCCUGCUACACAGUGAACCACAAACAGUUCUCCCUGAACUGGACUUACCAGGAGUGUAGUAACUGCUCUGAGGAGAUGUUCCUCCAGUUUCGCAUGAAGAUCAUUAAUCUGAAGUUGGAGCGGUUCCGAGACCGAGUGGAGUUCUCGGGGAACCCUGGCAAAUACGAUGUGUCAGUGACACUGAAAAAUGUGCGAAUCGAGGAUGAAGGCCUAUAUAACUGCUACAUCAUGAAUCCACCCGACCGCCACCGUGGCCAUGGCAGGAUCCACCUGCAGGUCCUCAUGGAAGAGCCCCCUGAGCGGGAUUCCACAGUGGCAGUGAUCGUGGGAGCCUCUGUGGGGGGGUUCCUGGCUGUGGUCAUCUUGGUGCUGAUGAUAGUGAAGUGCGUGAGGAGGAAAAAAGAGCAGAAACUGAGCACGGAUGACCUGAAGACAGAGGAGGAGGGCAAGACAGAUGGUGAGGGCAAUGCUGACGGUGGUGCCAAGUAACAGGCGGCUGGUCCUGUGGCCCCUCGUGCCCUGUUCUCCUCCCUGCGGCCCCCUUGUGCCCUGUCUUUCUCCCACUCCACCUUGUACAGUGUGCCCCUGCCUGCCCUCUCUGGUGUGCUUCUCUCGAAUCAGGAUCCCAGGGCCAACCUGGUGCCUCCUGAACCCCUCACUUCGUAUUCCCCACCUUGCACCAAGAGUAACCCACCACUCUUUAAUCUGAGAAAAUUGCCAUGGUGUAUGGCAUGUGUGGCCCCUGGGGGAGGGAGAAGUGAGUUCAAAACUACCAGUCCCCGAGAGAAGGCAGAAGGCAUAUGUGAGGGCCCCAGGGAGAAGGGGCCCAGUGUGAGGAGUAGCAGAGGAGAGGGUCAGCUGUCCAGCUUGCUCAGUGCACAGAUGCAUCUGGUAGCAGCUUCAGAGAAGACCCAUGUGUGGGACAUUGCUCUACUCCCAGCCCAGAGCAGCCUUUUCAGGCUGGGGGUAGCAUCAUGUUCAUUCCUUUAACUUGGGGGUGGGGCAUCUUAAAGGGACAACUGCGUAUUUUCUGAGCAUUGAAGGAAAGCCCAAACCAGAGGCAAAUGGAGAUGACCCUUGGUCCAGGGAGCUCUGCUUUCAUCUUCUUCUCCAUUGAUGGCUGCUUCUCCAGAAGCCUGUGGUUUUCUGUUGGCUGGUGAUGCCUUCAGAUUUUUGGUGAGAGUGGUACUGAAGAGCUCAGCUGAGUCAUGGUGGGCCAUGCUGUCCAGGUCACUUUCCACCACAGCUGCCCCCCCAACAGGAGAUAAAUUUCCAUCAGCCAAGGGACUGCUGGGGUGGGGCUCCGUUGUAAAAUGAGUUUACUGCAGACUACCUUCUCCAACAGGAUGACCACUGGCCUGGGUCAGGAGCAGCCAAGGUGCAGAGAUGAGGAGGGGCUGGGUGCCACGGGCAGAGAACUUGAUGCGCAGAGUGGGGGCCUCAUUCGGAGCUUGUGUUCAGACUUUCCCAGUUACCCUCAGAAGUUUUUAUCUGACUUCUGAUUAGAGACCAGGGAAGGGAAUGCCCUGAAGGAAGCAUGAGGGGAGAUUCUGUGGCCAUGUCCCAUCUAGAGCCAUGUUACACCUUCCCCACCCCAACAACACCCUUGUGGAAAAGAAAGUAGCAUUUGUGGGGAUCCAACAUUCACUGCCAUUUUAUUCACAAUUUAGAGGGAAUCUCAAGAGAGGGAGAGAAACUGAUGAUGUAAAGAAUGCUACCUUGAGAUCAACCAGCCAAGUCACUCAUAUUACAGAUGGAGAAACUGAGGUUCAAACUGACAAAAAUCAAGGGUCCUGUCAUUUCUGACUCCUCAAUCUCCAGUUUGAAUUCACAGAGCCCUAGUUGUCCUUGUGGGAGGGGCCUCUAUGGACUGGCAGGGAGGUGAGGUGAGGGAGGUAUGCGCAUCUCCCAGGAGCCCAGCCUCUCCAGGCUGUGACUGAGGCAGGGAUGGAAUGAUGGCAAUGAGGACAGAGCCAUUGGCAAAGCCCCAUCCCCUGCCCCAGGCUGAGCUUCUUCCCAGGAGCUCAGGUCCUGGCCAGGCUCAGGGAAUCAGAGCUCAGGGCAGAAAUGAGUCUGGGGGAAAGGGGUGGAGACAGGACAGUGACAGUCUCAGGAACCAUUCUCUGCCUUUGCCAAUUAGAUGGUCAAUUUGGGGAGUGAGCAUAUAGGACAUUCAGUUUAAUUCACAUCCAUUUAUUGAGCAUCUCCUAUGUGCCAGGUACUGUGUUAGGUGCUGGGGAUGCACACAAAGCCAUAACAGAGUUGGAAACUGCCAGGUCAGCCCUGUGGGGACCAAGAUUAAUUUUUUUUUUUUGUGCAUCUAGUUCUGUUUGCACAGUUACUACUUCCAGGGCUGGAAUUGAGGAAGAAGGAAGAGAUUUCAGAAUCUGAGCCCUGGGAAGGAAGGAAUGGGAGGAAAGGGGAAAGAUACAACAGGAAAGAGGAUGAGAAGCCAGGCAUAGUGGAGGAUGGCCAUCCAGCCAGACAGCUCCUGGGUGGGGUGGGUCCAGCCCACCCUGAAAUUCUGACUCUUCUGUUCAGUACCUAACUGCCAAUCAACACACUGCCAGUGGGGGUCAGCUAAGCCACCAGAAUGCCAGGGGCAAGCAGACAUCACCUAUCUUUCAAGCCAACCAGCAGAGAGGGCAGCGGUAGGUGUGGACAACUCAUGCCAGCUGAAACCAAGGGUGUUUGUAAUACACUUCAAUAGUCUGCAGAUAGCACUUUUUGGCAAACUAAGUACCCUUCUGGGACGAGUAAGGAUCUAUUCUAAUGCUGGCUGGGGACCUUUCUUUUUCCAGCACUCGUAACGUUUAGGGCAAUUAUUUGUAAGAUUCCCUAGGUUUAUUCUAAAAAAUGCUAACUCUCUGUAAAGUAGCCCAAGACUUCUGGGUUUCUUCUUUUCUCUGCCAUGACUCAGUGGUGCAGUGGGGCCUAGGGAGGGCAAGUCCUCUCCAUGGGCCUCAGGGGUCCAAGCAGAUGAGAAUGGGCCAGGAACCACCUGUGCCCAGAUGCCCACCCUCAUAUGCACCUUUUUCUCAAGCCCCUUAGAAUCUCCUCCAGAAGUCUCAUAGAGCUGCCUCCCCCAGGGCAAUGAGGUUGGGAACAAAAUCAAACUUUUGUGAAUAGAGGUGGGAAAACAUGAGAUGUUUCCACAGCUGCCAGCUCUCUACCUUGCUUUCUAGUUUAUACCAGCAAGCUGUUUCUUUUUCUGCACUACUCUGAGUUCAAGCCCUACUCUGGCUGCAUGUUGCCAUUACUGCACUCUGCUGGGUCCAGUCUGCUGGUUUUCUCAACUGCCCCACCUCUGCUGCUCUCUCAGAACCCCCUAUCUGUCUGUUCUCUUUAAUCAAGGGUCAUUGUAAAGAGAGGUGGGCUGGCCAACCCAUGGAAUUUAGCUUUUAAGAACAAAGCACAAUUAUUCAGGAUUAAAAUGCCUUGAGGUGCCUUGGAACUGGCUUUGGAAAUUUCUGCCCCCUAGAUAAGGACUAAUCACAUUUAUUCCCAGUUAAUACAAAGGAAAAGCUGAUUGGAUCCAUAUUUCUCCCUAUUAAUCUCCUUGGGGAGGUUGGGCUGGUAAGUAUUUACAAAGUCAUGUUAAGCAGAUGGACAAUUGAAAAUAUUGGCCAGGUCCAGUGGAUAGUCCCAGGCCAUGGGAAUGGUGUGGUGCAUUUGGAAUGGGUGAUAAAUCAAGAAACUUUCCUUCCUACUUAUGUCUUAAGGAUAAACAGCCUGUGUCUCUUGCUGAUGUCUUCCUUUAUUAAAGCUUGCUGAUGCAUUUGUACACAGUCUAUAUAUAGGUAUAGGUAUAUUAUAUACAUGGAUAUAAAACAUCUCACUACACUCACCCCCAAAAAUACAUUGGGGAGGAAAACAAUCAUUUCUCAAUGUUUUGAGUUGAUUCACCAAAGUCAAAUUAUGGAAUGUUUUUGUUGCUCUUUGUGCACUCGAGGAGACAACUCAACUACUUAUGUACUCUCAAGGUUUUAUGUACUAUAGGGUGGUUGGAAGAGACGGUGGGAGACAAACUUAAAUGGUCUCCUGUGGUCCAGUUGCUGGGAUGUGUCUGCUUUUUUUGAGCAGAGUGGGAUUUUUUUUUUUUUUUGCAAUUUGUCUUCUCCAUUGAAUCUAUUGCUAUAAUAAAGAGAUUG